GUUUAGUUCCAAUUAAAUCUAAUCGGCGCAGAUUUUACGCGUUAGAACAGGAUUGAAUUGGCCCUAUUAACCCAACCCUCUUUAAUUGGAAAAUAAUUGUACUCCUUUCUCUCCGCCGCCGUAAAAGUGCCAAUUGUACUCACAUCCCGAGUAAAAGAACCUACAAGCUGAAGUAAUCAGACGAAGGCAUCGGAACCUAACCGCUAAUUGCACUUUUCUAGUUUUUAAGUGUACUCAGAAUCAGCAGACUCAAGUGGCGAUCGGAUAGCAGAAAAAAUAAAGUUCCAAUAGAGGGUGAACGGGGGUGAAUUCGCCCGCCUGCGCGGCGCCAGACUCCCCUCCCGCCCCUCGGCGUAGCCGACUCAGUCAAAACCUACCUUCAGGGGUAGAGCACGUUGCGAAGGUUACUUCUGUUUGUAGCAAAAAUGCGUUCAUAUCACGCUGAUGUAUGUGUAUAGUGAACUGUGCUGCAGUGCUGUGUUGUGUGUGUGUGUUGGGAUGUUUUACAGAUAAUGAUCGCGGCGAGUGAGACGCGGAUGGCGUGAGACACGAUGAGAGUGAGCCUCGACAUGCGUCUUCUGGCGCUGUGCACCACGUGUCUCCUGGUGCCCGCCAUCGCCUGCCCUCAACAGUGCAUUUGCAAGUGGAAGAACGGGAAGCGCUACGUCGAGUGCUCCGAAAAAGAACUCAAAACUAUCCCCAGCUCGCUCGACUCCGAGACGCAGGUCCUCGAUUUCUCGGGCAACGAUCUUCAAGUCCUUCAGAAGGAAACGUUCCAAAAACUCGGAUUACUCGACUUGCAGAAGAUCUAUCUGCCGCGGUGCAAGCUCCAAAAGAUCGAUAACCACGCGUUCAAAGGACUCGCGAAUCUUGUCGAGUUAGACCUCUCUAAUAACUAUCUAACGGUCGUGCCUUCGACCAAUUUUGUCUAUUUUCCUUCGCUGAUGAGACUUUCAAUCAAUAACAACCCUAUAACGAGUAUCAAAACUCAUUGUUUUCAGCGUCUUUCUUACUUGAACACGCUGGAAUUGAGCGAUUGUAAAAUCGAAACAAUCGAGAACGACGCAUUUUCCGGCUUAAAUCAUUUGGAAUGGCUGCGAUUGAAUGGAAAUAGACUGUCGAAUAUCAAAGGUGACAAUUUAUUCCCUGACACGUUGCGAGGGAUCUAUCUGCAGAAUAAUAAUUGGAACUGUGACUGCCAUUUGAGGGAUUUGCACGGGUGGUUGUUAAAUUUCAACAUGCCGCACGCUGUGGAGCCAAUUUGCACGCUCCCCGCGCGUUUGCAGAAACGCGCCAUCACCGCAGUCGCUGAGGCCGAGCUGGCUUGUUUGCCAAAACUAACGCCUGCCUCCGUGUAUUUAGAAACUAAUGAGGGGCACAAUGUGACGCUUGAAUGCGUCGUGAAGGCCUUCCCGGAGGCUAAAGUGACCUGGUUGUACCGAGGACUAGUAAUCCACAAUUCCUCAAAUCAACAAUCGGAGAUUCGAGACAUGUAUUAUGUGGAAAGUGGUGAAACUGAGAAAAAAAGUGAACUUUUCAUGUAUAAUGUAGGUAACGAACACAACGGGACUUAUUCGUGUUUAGCCGAAAACCCAGCAGGGCGGGCGCUGGCCAACUACACUGUAAAAAUAAUCGUCAAAGAGGAGCCAGUAGUGAUAGUAGUUACGUUUCCUCAGCGGCAUUUAGUGGUAAUAGUUACAAUAGUUUUUCUAAUUAUCGUCCUACUUAUUGCAAUAAUAGCAGUUUUUCUACUAAAAUUUAAAACGGACACUAGAAGUCGUAAGAAGAAGGAAAGUGGGAAAGACGUAGCGCUGUGCAACCAGCUGUUGCCCGCGGCGCGGAAUAACGGUCUGCUAACAAAAAAUAACGGGUCGGUGAUCGUGAACGCACACUCGCGACACUCUCUACACUAUAUGGUGCAGGGCCGCGACUACGAGCCGAGCGAGCUGUAUCAAAGCAAUAACAUCAAAGGCUUCGUCGACAGGAACCCUGACCUAAUUAGUGACGCUGAAACCGUCGCUAACAAUGCGCAAAACGAGAACACCGCGCUCUCUGUGUACAAAGCACAGGUCGCGAGUGACGGAUUCGAAGAGGAGACGACGUUCUCCGCGCCUACGCUGCCACGGCAAGUGACGUGGCAGGACCAGCAGGCGCUCAGCAACGUUAACAUUCCGCCUAAUCCCGUUAACAAUAUGUACCAACACUCGGCCGAUGUACAUCUCAACCCCGGCUGCUUCCUUGACAGUGAAGGCUACCCCUACGACUACGGCCUACCAAAACACCCAUGCCGACCUCCCAUAAUGUCCAAUUAUUCCGUAAUAGGACCUUUUUAUCAAACUUUGCCUCACAAUAGGCCGAAAGGUCAAAAGCUUGUAUGCAAGUUUGCUAAGGACAUGGAAUUCAAUACGCCGCCUUGUGCCAAUUUAGAAAUGCUUAACGGAACAAAUGUAAGGCGGACAUUAGAAGGGUAUCCCGUGCCGCGGAACCGACAAAUCGCUUACGUAGGAAACGGGACCGUGUAUUACAACGAAGAGUUUGUGCCGUCACCGCCGGAGGGGUAUAAGACAGAAUCCGUUGGACCAUGCUGCGCGCCGGUUGAGCCUUGCUCCUCUUGGGUAAAUCCUAAGGGAACCUGUGCAGUGAUGGUACCUGUAGGGAUAGCGGAGGGUACGGGGCGGUGCGGUUAUCAGGUUGAAACGAGAUGCGUGGAUACACAAACGACAGAGAGAUUACCCGGGGAAGGCACGGAGGCCGUACUCAAGCCGCUACCUCAAGUGUCCAACGCUAAAUGCGCGUCCGACAUCUGUUCGGAAAGCCCGGAUGAGGGCUACGUCGGUGAAGCGAACGAUAUGUGACGUCGGCGACACGACAAUGCGUGAAGAAUAUCUGGAACGCUAGCGAAGUGAUAAAGCGACUGAAUUUAUACUAUUGUUUGUAAGUUCGAGUGGGUACCGUUAAGGUGACGUUUGGAUGUCAGCUCCAACUGCAUUACGGUUGCGGCGUCAUUGUUGCCGCCGCUGUAUUUGUCAAUUCACUUGAUAAAUUGAGUGACUAAAUGAACGUCAUAAAUGCGGCGGUGAACGUCACUCAAUUUAUCAAGGAAUUAUGUAGCUGCAGUUGAUAUCCGAACGUCACCUUUAGAAGCUUUUACACUGUACGGCAUAAUUGAUACGAAAAAGUUUUGUUUAGGAAUUCCUGAAAGUGUGCUCCCAUUUUAGUGUAAAGAAGGGGGUUGAAACCUGACUCCCUUUUAUUAAGUGUUAUUUUAAAGAAUUAUGCAAAUUCUCUGAAAGCAGAAAGACUGCGGAACCAUUGUAUUUAGGUAACUGCAUUAAAAUAAGCAGCUCUCGAAAGUAGUCCAAGUCUUAGUAAAUAUUUUUAAACAAUCAGUAAAAUUGUUCCACAAGUUAAAUUGAAUAUCGUUCAUAUAAUAGCUAUUUUUGGGACAGCUCUCAAAAAGUUGGUUCACAAAAUCAAAUAAAGUGUCCUAGUUUUGUUCACAAAGCCAAACCGU